GUACGAGCAGUCUGCAAUUCUUCCUUGCAUUCCCAGUUACACAGCCACUUGGUUUUCUUCAAAAUCAAGCAAAACGCAGAAAAACGCCAUUGAAGUUGAAAUUUGAUGCCCCAAAAGCAAGACUAAAACCACCACAUUGCAAGCUUAUUUACACCCAUUUUCCCAUGUCGAGCUUUGGAGUUAAAGACCAGUCGGCAAGGCCCGAAAGUGUGCCCCCUGACAGCACCAAGACCAGCAGGAAGAGUUUGAUGAUGAAUGACAAGCCUAGGCGGUCCAAUGUUGUUAAAGAGAACACAGGCUCACCGGAGAAGAAGAAUGGUGUUCAUGAACUGAGGGAGAAGCUGAGUGGCAGUGAGGGUUUGGUCAGAGAUUUGCAGGCUCAGAUGAUGGGAUUGAGGGCCGAGUUGGAUGGGGCAAGGAGUUUGAAUAUGGAGCUUGAGUUUCUUAAUAGAAAACUCAAUGAGGAUCUUGCUGUUGCUGAGGCCAAGAUAGCUGCUCUUUCAAGCCCUCACACUGACCAGCUGCAGCUGCAGAAGAGGGAUUCAAACGGUGAGUACCAGAGCCCCAAAUUCAAGGACAUACAGAAACUCAUUGCCAACAAAUUGGACCACCCGAAAGUUGUAAGGGAGACAAGAACAAGUAAAGCGCCCUUAAAGGCAGGUGCUUGUUUGACUCCAAAUGAUGCUGGAGCACAGACAAAUGCACCAAUAAUUCACUCUCUGCCACCGCCUCCACCUCCACCAUUGCCGCCACCGCCUGCACCGGCUCGGUUCCCUGCUAAAGGAGCCACUGCUCCGAAGGCACCGUCUUUUAUAGUGGACUUGUUAAGAAGGAAAGAAAAGAAGAUGGAUCCCCCAGCAGUGGCUUGGAAUCCGAAAAAACUGACUAUUGUUAGUGUGCAUAGUAGCAUAGUUGGCGAAAUUCAGAAUCGAUCAGCUCACCUACUAGCCAUAAAAGUCGAUGUCGAAACAAAAGGAGACUUCAUCAACAGCCUCAUCGGCAGAGUGUUGGCUGCAGCCUAUACAGAUAUAGAAGAUGUUGUGAAAUUCGUUGAUUGGCUCGACAAAGAACUUUCAUCCUUGGCUGAUGAGCGUGCCGUGUUAAAGCAUUUCAAGUGGCCAGAGAGAAAAACAGAUGUUAUGCGAGAAGCUGCUAUUGAAUAUCGUGAUCUAAAAUUGUUGGAAACAGAGAUUUCUUCCUACAAGGACGACGCUAACAUUCCAUGUGGAAUUGCCUUGAAGCGGAUGGCUGUGCUACUAGACAAGUCGGAAAAGAGCAUACAAAGGCUUAUCAAGCUGAGAAAUUCAGCGAUGCGUUCUUACCAGGAGUGUAAGAUUCCGGUCGAUUGGAUGCUUGAUUCGGGAAUGGUGUAUAAAAUAAAGCAGGCUUCGAUGAAGCUGGUUAAGAUGUACAUAAGGAGAGUCGGAACCGAGCUUCAAACGGCACGCAGUUUGGACAAGGAAUCUGAACAAGAGGCACUGCUGCUUCAAGGCAUGCAUUUUGCAAAUAGGGCUCACCAGUUUGCCGGAGAUCUCGAUUCGGAAACGUUGUGUGCUUUCGAAGAAAUUAGGCAGUGCAUUCCGGGACACCUGGUCGGAUCGAAAGAAUUGUUGGCAGGAAUAUCAUCGGCAUGAGUCGCAUGGCUGUUGUAUGGAUUUCUGUUAUUGGUAUUUAUGUGUUUCAUUUUGUCCUCUGCAGAACGAGUAGUACUAGUUGUGGAAACAUACGCACAUAUAUAUAUAUACACA